AUGGAGAAGAGCAAAAUAUUGGUAAUUGGGGCAACGGGAAAUUUGGGAUACCAUUUAGCGGAAGCAAGUCUCCAAUUUUGUCAUCCAACAUUUGUUCUUGUUAGACACUCUGCAUUCUCUCACCCUAUCAAAGCCCAAAAGCUUCACUCCCUUUCUCAAGCGGGAGCCACCAUUCUCGAAGGUUCGCUAGAAGACGAGGCCUCCGUUGCGGAGGCUGUGACGUUAGUUGAUGUGGUCAUUUGCGCCGUUCAAGCCAAGCAGAUUUUGCAUCAAAAGCUCCUUAUCCGAGUCAUCAAACAAGUUGGCUCUAUUAAGAGGUUCAUCCCAUCUGAAUUUGGAUCAGAUCCUACCAGGGUUCAAGUAUCAGAACUUGUUGAUGGCUAUAAUUUCUAUGCAGCCAAAGUUGAAAUCCGUCGACUUGUGGAGGCUGAAUGCAUUCCUCACACUUUCAUCUCAUGCAAUUUCUUCAUGAGUAUUUGUCUCCCUUCUCUUGCUCAGCCAGGCUUAGAUGCUCCUCCAAGGGACAAGGUCACCAUAUUUGGUGAUGGGAAUACAAAAGCUGUGUUCAUGAAGGAAAGUGAUGUUGCUGCCUUCACUAUCAAUACAGUUGACGACCCUCGUACCCUAAAUAAAGUGUUGUAUUUGAGACCCCCAGGAAACGUCUAUUCUUUGAAUGAGCUGGUUGAAAUGUGGGAGAUUAAGAUUGGCAAGAAGCUUGAGAAAUUGCACGUCUCUGAAGGAGAGUUGCUCCAGAAAAUAAAAGGGACUUCUUUCCCUGCCAACCGUGAAAUGUUCUUCAUAUAUUCUGCUUUCAUAAAGGGAGAUCACACAUACUUCGAUAUUGAGCCACCCUCUGGUGUGAAUGGCACACAACUAUAUCCACAUCUGAAAUAUACCACAGUCAGUGAAUUCUUAGACACACUAGUUUAG